CUUAUAGCUUGACAGAAUUCGCAUAUGCCAUGUGUGAAACACACGGUUGUGUGGCAUUCUCUAAUGGAGAAAUUAUAUAUUUAAUGAAAUGCAAACCAGUUCUGGUAAAAAUAACUAAAAAGGAUACUUGUUUCAAUGAAUUGCCUGUACUAUACCAAAAUCAAUCAUAUUUCAUGUCACCAAAAUCUCAUAUACUACAAAGGUAUGGAACUGAAAUAAUAUGUAAUAUCAGAUUUCCUUCAGCAUACUUCAUUGAAGGAGAAUGGCUUGGACUAAAUCCACACUUAACUGAAAUAAAAACACCACAAACACUACAUCCAGAAACAAAAUUCACAUGGAAAUACAAAUCUCUAGAAUAUCUUAUCUCUGCAGGCAUUUACAACCAAGAUGUAAUGCAAGCAUUACAAAAACAUUUAAUGUUUGCUCAAGAAGUUACAGCAAUACAAAAUAAUAUAGUGCGUCAAACUUUAGGAUAUGAAGUAUCAAAUCAACUCAAUUUACACAGACUAAUAGACCCAACUGUCAUAAGCGAUAUGGUAGAAGAUAAAUUACACAAAAUGUGGGGAUGGUUCACAUACUUUGGUUCACUGAUGUCUGGUGUAUUAGGUAUUAUUUUUAUGAUUAAAAUCAUCACCUUGAUUAUAAAUGCUUGCAUGAAUAUACAAUUGCUAUAUAAUACAUUUGGCUGGAGCAUUAGACUCCUUGGUGGACUCUUUAAUAAUAUUACACAUUACUUUAUGCACCAAAAUCAUCAACAACAAUACAAUAAUGUUGUUGAUUUAUACAAUGUCAAAGUAAAAACACCUAAUCCACCAAAUACUCAAAUAAACUUUCGUUCUCUUCUCUAUCCAGAUCUCAAUCAACAAAAUAUAGAAUAAUGUUUGAUGACAUCAUGCAAAUACCACUGCACAACUAUAGAUAUCCGAAUCUGCUUAAACCAAUACUCACUCAAUAUGAUCCAAAUACAAUUUACGACAAUACCAAAUUCUACGUGUGGUGUUAUGGUCAAUCUGUCU